AAACGAUUAUUGCUGUGCCUCGGUUCAGGCAACCUUUUCCAUACAUUGAGUGCAGAGAGACAAACUAAAACUUUGUCCAAUUCUAACCAAAUUAUCUUCAACUAUAUCUAUCCACAACACUCAAUUGUUCCUAGUACAACGAGUGCUAUUAUGGGGUUAUAUGGUUUGAUUUUUGGGGUCAUUUUUGUGUGUCCAUGGCUCUGUUUGGCCAGUGGAGUUGAGUCCAAUUUGGAAGGGCCAAGAAAUGAAAUUGGUUGCAACAUUUACGAUGGAAAGUGGGUGUUCGAUGAUUCAUAUCCUCUUUAUGACUCUUCAAAUUGCCCUCACAUUCGUCAAGAGUUUGAUUGCUUGGGAUUUCGUCGUCCUGAUAAGCAAUACCUCAAAUACAGAUGGCAACCCAACCAAUGCAACUUACCAAGAUUUGAUGCAAAAAACUUUUUGACAAAACUUAAGGGAAAACAGAUAAUGUUUGUAGGAGAUUCAGUGAGUUUGAACCAAUGGCAAUCGCUUAUGUGCUUGCUUCAUUCUUUUGUGCCACAAGCUCAAAUAUUAGAGCAACAAAUCGAUAAAACCGUGUCCAUGACUAACUUCACAUUCAAGGACUAUGGAGUUUCAGUGAUUGUUUAUCACACAACAUAUUUGGUUGACAUUGUUGAGGAGAAAAUUGGUCGAGUCCUCAAGCUUGAUUCUCUUAAGAGUGGAAGCAUAUGGAAAAACAUGGAUGUUUUGGUUUUCAACACUUGGCUAUGGUGGUACCGUAGUGGACCCAAGCAACCAUGGGAUUAUAUUCAAGUGGGUGACAAAAUAGUGAAAGACAUGGAUCGCAUGGAAGCUUUUAGACAUGGUUUGAAAACAUGGGCUAAAUGGGUCGAUGCAGAGGUGGAUACAACCAAAACCCAAGUUCUUUUCCAAGGAAUUUCUCCCUUCCAUUAUCAUGGCAGUGAAUGGAAUGAACCAGGAGUGACAAAUUGUGCAAAGGAGACACUGCCACUAAAUGGAUCAACUUACCCAGGUGGAUCGCCACCAGCAUUAUUAGUAGUGGAAGAUGUGUUGAAGACUAUAACCAAGCCUGUUCAUUUUUUUAACAUUACAACUCUCUCACAGUUGAGAAAAGAUGCACAUCCUGGUCCGUACAAUGACUUUAGAAGCAUGGAUUGCACUCAUUGGUGUGUGCCAGGCUUGCCAGAUACAUGGAAUACACUCUUGUCCGCUGUAAUCACAAAAUAGAUGUAAACAUUUAUUUGCGCAAAGUUAUGAAUUUUAGGAGAAAAUAAUCAAUUCUCUAAUCAAUCA